AUGUUUCGCGCCGCCCUCCCCCGAGCUGCGCCGCGGGCCAGCCUCCGCGCCUGCGGCCCUAAGGCUGUUUCCUCUACAUUCAUCUCCCCCCAAUGCUUUGGAUUGGCAGCUCAAAACGCGGCUACGCCUCUGAUUCCGGUGAGAGACCACGAUCUGGUUAUCAUCGGUGGUGGUGUCGCUGGUUACGUCGCUGCUAUCAAGGCUGGACAACAGGGUUUGAAGACUGCUUGUAUCGAGAAGCGCGGUACCCUCGGUGGUACUUGCUUGAACGUCGGCUGUAUCCCCUCAAAAUCUCUCCUUAACAACUCCCAUCUAUACCACCAGAUUCUCCACGACACCAAGAAGCGCGGUAUCGAAGUUGGCGAUGUCAAGCUCAACCUUGCUCAGAUGCUCAAGGCCAAGCAGACCUCCGUUGAUGGUCUUACCAAGGGUGUUGAGUUCCUUCUGAAGAAGAACGGUGUUGACUAUAUCAAGGGUGCUGGCUCCUUUGUUGAUGCCAACACCAUCAAGGUUGACCUGCUCGACGGUGGUGAGCAGACCGUCCGCGGCAAGAACAUUCUGAUUGCCACUGGUUCUGAGUCCACUCCUUUCCCCGGACUAAACAUCGACGAGAAGCGCGUCAUCACCAGCACCGGUGCUCUUGAGCUGCAGGAGGUCCCCAAGAAGAUGGUUGUCAUCGGUGGUGGUAUCAUCGGUCUUGAGAUGGCCUCCGUUUGGUCCCGUCUUGGUGCCGAGGUCACCGUUGUCGAGUUCCUUGGCCAGAUCGGUGGUCCCGGUAUGGAUGCUGAGAUCGCCAAGCAGGCCCAGAAGAUCCUGGCUAAGCAGGGAAUUAAAUUCAAGACCAACACCAAGGUCGUCAAGGGUGAUGACAGCGGUGCUACCGUCAGCCUGAACGUUGAGGCCGCUAAGGGUGGCAAGGAGGAGACCCUUGACGCCGAUGUUGUCCUGGUUGCCAUUGGUCGCCGCCCAUACACCGACGGUCUUAACAUCGAGAACGUUGGUAUCGACAAGGACGACCGUGGCCGUCUCGUCAUUGACCAGGAGUUCCGCACCAAGGUUCCUCACAUCCGUGUUGUUGGUGAUGUCACCUUCGGCCCUAUGCUGGCCCACAAGGCCGAGGAGGAGGCUGUCGCCGCGAUUGAGUACAUCAAGACCGGCCACGGACACGUCAACUACGCUGCUAUCCCCUCUGUUAUGUAUACCCACCCCGAGGUCGCCUGGGUCGGCCAGAACGAGGCUGAGGUCAAGGCCUCCGGCGUUAAGUACAACGUCGGUUCUUUCCCAUUCAGCGCCAACUCCCGCGCCAAGACCAACCUUGACACCGAGGGUGUUGUUAAGUUCAUUGCUGAUGCCGAGACUGACCGCAUUCUCGGUGUCCACAUCAUCGGCCCUGGCGCCGGUGAGAUGAUCGCUGAGGCCACCCUUGCCAUUGAGUACGGUGCCUCCAGUGAAGAUGUUGCCCGUACAUGUCACGCCCACCCUACCCUCUCUGAGGCCUUCAAGGAGGCCGCCAUGGCCACCUACUCCAAGCCCAUCCACUUCUAA